UUGUGGGUUAAAGCUGAAAAUUAGUCCAGUAGUGUCUGACUUUUUUCUCAGGAUAUUACUGCAUAAUAUCACUGUGCUGCGGGAGGAUAGGCCAAUCUAUCUGGGCUCUGCGAAUUUCAUACAUUUCUGACUUCUUCAGUGGAUUCGAUAAACUCAGUGGCAUAAACUCAGUGGCAUAAUGAGGGAUACGAGUGCAAAGAAGUUCAAGCUCAGCAUGGUUGAGGGCGAUGAAAAGAAGAGCUCCAGUCCUCUACGGCGCUUAAAGGGCAGAAUGAUGGGGAAGGAGAAAUCGAUUGAAGAUGAUGGUAGUGACACAGUGUCGGUGAAGGGUGUGCACAUGAGGCGGAAUGUAAGCCUGAUGGGCGGCAUAUCUCUUGUGGGUGGGACUAUGAUCGGUUCUGGUAUUUUUAUAUCGCCAAAGGGUGUCCUGAGGAAUUCUGGUUCGAUCGCAGCUAGUCUCAUCAUCUGGGUUGCGUGUGGUGUCAUAUCAAUGUUAGGUGCCUUUUCCUAUUCUGAACUUGGAACGCUUAUCCCAAAGAGCGGUGGAGAAUAUGCCUACUUCUUAGCGGCAUUUUCGAGAUAUGGGAAAUUCUGUGGUCCUCUCCCUGCAUACCUUUAUGUGUGGUGUACCGUGAUGGUGAACAAACCAACGUCCCUGGCUGUAAUCUGCCUAGCCAUUGCAACAUACUCCAUACAGCCAUUCUUUGGCUCUUGUAACCCACCACUGAUUGCCAUCAAAAUAUUGGCAGCUGUUUUCAUAGUACUCGUCACAGCAUGGAAUUCCUUCAGUGUGAAGCUUGCCACAAAACUUCAGAAUUUCUUCAUGGUAGCCAAAGUCCUUGCGUUGGUGUCAAUCAUAAUAGGAGGCGUCGUCAAGCUCUCAUAUGGGAGUAUGACGCACCUGGGUGCUGGGUUUGAUGGUACAACUACCAGCCCAUCCAUGAUUGCCAUUGCAUGUUACUCAGGGCUGUUUGCCUAUGACGGAUGGAAUAACCUGAACUUUGUCACUGAAGAAAUUAAAAAUCCCAAGAGGAAUCUGCCGCUUGCUAUCAUGAUCUCAAUCACCCUGGUCAUGUUCUGUUACGUCUUCACCAACGUGUCGUACUUCACGGUUCUGUCCAAGGAAGAGUUCUUAGCAACAGAUGCUGUCGCCGUGUCUUGGGCCAAGUAUGUGCUAGGUCCAGCCAGUGUUGUUAUCCCUAUCGCUGUGUGUCUGUCAGCGUUGGGCGCUGCCAAUGGGUCGUGUUUUACUGGAGGCAGACUCUCAUUCGCUGCAGCACGAGAUAGUUUCCUUCCGAGCAUUAUGGAGAUGAUUCAUGUGGAAUACCGAACACCAAUUCCCUCUCUAUUGUGGAAUGCAUUUCUAGCCCUGAUCUAUUUAAUCAUUGGCGAUAUCUACACUCUGAUCGAUUGUCUGAGUUUCUUGACGUGGGCGUUUUAUGGUCUGACCAUGGUGUCGUUGCUCAUAUUACGCAGACACACAGUGGACGAUCACCGAUCAUAUAAGGUACCCCUGGUCAUCCCGAUCUUGUUUCUGAUUAUCGCAGUGUGCCUCGUAUUCUUGCCGAUCCUGCACAACCCACACCUGGGGUUCCUCUACUCAUUCCUCUUCACCGUAAGCGGAGUAUUUCUCUAUAUCCCAUUCGUCUACAAGAAGGUCAGGAUUCCCAAAGUUGAUAAAAUAACCAAGGUGCUGCAGAUAAUGCUGAGUGUUGUGCCAACAGAUUACGUCAAGGAUUCUUGAAUCAUCAUCAAGUUGUUGAGGAAAAAUAGGCUGUGAUAUCUUCCUAUGGAAGUGUAACAGUUUGUAGAAUGUGCAAGUACGUUUUUCUGUUGCGUCACAAAGUGGCAUCGAAGUGACAGUCAGUGCUACUCCUUCACUGUCACAAUCAUUUUGGAAAAAGCCAUAAAAAAGGAAAAUAUUUUUGGAAAAUUACCCUUUCUGGGCUUAGGACAGAAGUGAUUAUGUAUUAAUUUUUGCUUUCCGUCCUUUUUUUGUUAGUAUUGUUGUUUUUGCAUUUUGUAUGGUUAUAAAGAAGGUUAAUGUCUUUGUUUGUAUGGACUCUUGAUAUAAUAAAGGUUUUCUAGAAUACUUUCGAA